GUGUUUUCUUUCAAAUACAAAUGUAGGUUCGUGCUUUGUUUUUAUAAGUCUAGCUUUAGAGUUAAUUUAAAUAAUGACCAACUCUUCAAAACUGCUGAGCGAGAGACGUUCUCUCUUAUCGAAGUUUCUAGAAGAACACUGCUUAUAUAAGGUACUUCUAUUAGUGUGCUCCUUUCAUUUUACUUUGAUGACGUAUCAAAACUUGACCAAGUACAGCAUCAGACUUCGAAGCGUCGAAUUGGAAGUCUUGAUGGAGUCGGCGGAACAGGCCAUCGGGAAUUUCCAUUUACUUUCCACUAACAUCAUGGACUUCAAGCAGUCCCUAAGAGGCAAGUCGAUUGGAACUUUUGGCCUUCUCCACGGUAUGCUGUCUUCCAUUUUGAAGCUUAUAGACGCCUUCGACCAAAUUGUAGAUCCUGACACCAAUCUACGGGAAGCGGAAGAGUACCCGAGAUGCAACGCGAGUAAGCUGCCAAGAGCUAAUAGUAAUGUAAACGAUGUGGCUCCCAUCAGCAAGUCAAUACGAGACGAAAUCGAGAGAUUCUACGAAAAAGUCAACAGAAAAUUACUGGCCAAACGGAGAGGUUCUCAUGCUGACUCUGAACAAUUUGAACUACUUAUGAAUGGCGAGUUAGAAGAAAUAGUCUCUGAAAAACGUCCACUGUUUCGGCGACUCUUCAGCAUACUUAACUUGUGGACGUCCCACGAAAUGACGUUAAAAAGAUUAGGAACUGAGUUUCAGCUUCAUCUAAAUCUUACACUAAAUCCCCACGACUGCAAGAAACGUAGUAUGAUCGUCUGCGACUACAGCCAAACAGAUGUCCAAACAACGAUUCACAGCAUUGCAUACUGUAUGACUUUGGCUUUUUCCACGAGGCGAGUGUUGAAGUUGACUCGUCACUGGCCAUGGCGCUCGUGCACUCAGGACAUCGGUGUUAAUGAAAAGCUGGUGGUCCAACUGGAGACUUCUAGAAAUCUUCAUUCAGACAUAAGUGUCUUCCACAAGCACGCCGUGGUAGUCGUGAAUACCAGCAAGAGCAGACUGCCUGAGUUUUCUAAGACCUUGUCUCAAAUCCUAGAGAACAGAAUCAUGGAACAAGUCCGGCUCUACCACCAGAAACCUGAGGCGUGGGUUAUUGGUCAAAUAGUCAGUUAUAUUAUAAGUCCAAUCAUAAACAAGGACAGGCUUUCAAGGGAAGAGAAGAGAUUAGACUUCCAUCGCCCAAUCGUCGGAGUAUAUGUAGGUCAUUCAGAGGCUACUGCCCAAAACUUAGGCCUAUCCAAGUAUAUAGAAGGAGUGGAAAAGUUCUACCAAGACGCCCAGCACAGACACCUGCCUGUGUCUCUGAGAAGAGUUCUGCUAGUUGCUCAAAGUUCCAAGGUCUAUCGGGAAGCGAACGCCUACACCAAAAGGUUCACAGUCAUCCGCAGAAAGGAUACAAAUGGGCACGAGUCUACGAGCCUGACAGAUGCCUACAACAUGCUCCUCCUGGCCAGGUGUAGCUAUCUCGUGUGUGACAUGACCUGGCCACCGUGCCGAAUGACCUACGAGUUGAUGCAAACAAUGCAUGGUGACGCUAGCAACAGAGUCCACAUCGUCAGAGGCCAGUGGAGAUUUUAAUAAUUGUCUUUUUUCUUGCAUGUCAUAAUUUAUAAGUACAUAGACGAAAUGGU